UGUGAAUCGUCUCCGAAGCAGACUGCUUUGUGGUCUAUCAUACGAUCGGAAGACGAAUUCAGUGGCAGGUCCGGCAACACCUCAGCGACUAGGAUAGGUAUUGUCGUCAACGAAAGGCGAUUGUACGGGCCCGGAGUUUGGUGAUCAGCAACUCCGAACUUGGUCCUCUCCUCCUCGCGCGAAUACUAGACUAUGAAUGAAAUCAAAAUUAUUAUAACACUUUUAGCUAUUCUCUGUGUCGCGUGUAUUGCCGUUGAUGUGCAAAAGCAUCGCAGCAAUCUCGCGGGAUUCUUAGAAAAAACAUACGGGGUACAUUGGAGAACGAGACCAUUGCUUCUCCAAGGACUCUGGAAAAAAGAGGAGUUACUCGACCCAGACCGCCGUCUCUCAUUGUCUGGUCUUCUUAAUCAGUCACUGGAGAUUCCUUAUUUUUCAGAUGCCCGCAUUAAAAAUUCACUGUCUCCUGAUUCCAAAGGUUCCGUUGGAGCUAUUGUUGCUAACAUUUCGAACGGCGGCGCGCACAAAAUUGGUACUCAGUUCAUAGUUCAAACCUAUCCAGAUCUGAUCUCGGAGGUCGCGCCGACGGAGAUUGUGACCGAGCUUUUCGGAGAUUUCUUCAAACCAGACUACGUCAAAGGAUCGGGGCCAUUCAGUAUAUUCCCCGCUCUAACAACGGUUCCAAUGUUUGUUGCAAAUGGCCAAAAAACGGAAGGAUUUUACAAUAAAGGUCAACCUUACACACCUCUGCACUGCGAGCCGAUUGGGAAUGUAGCUGUUCAGCUUUCAGGUACAAAAGAAUGGACUCUUAUUCGACCAGAGUUUUCAUUUCUCGUGAAGCCAUCAACGGCUCCCGAUGGACGAGCUUUCUUCGCCUCUUGGGCUUCAAAACUUGAGCACGUUCCGACGUACUCAGCAAGAACAAACGCGGGGGAUGCAAUUUGGGUCCCGACUUGGACAUGGCAUCGGGUGGAUUACGUUUACUCGCCCGAAAUAUCUAUUGGUGGUUCACUGUUCCACUUUCGUACUGCUGAUUUUGCUCGCAACAAUCCUCUUUUUGCAAUCCUAAUGAUACCGGCUAUUUUGUUUGAGUUAGUGGGAUACAGUACUCAAUAA